AUUAUUUCUAGUUUCUUUCAACACAAACAUUUAAUAUUGGAUCUCGAAAUAUUUUAUCUUAAACAAACACUCAUCAUUGUUGGCCGUGUAUGAAAUUAAAUAGCUUAAUUGAUUUAAACUUUCGGGAAAAAUUCAUAUUAAAUAGAAAACGGUGGAGUAGUCGUGAAACAGUGUGGCGUGAAAUUUCCCUUGUGCAUUGCUACUGCGCAAAUUAUAUUUGGCAACAAAGCAAAAAUGGGUGAAAAGGUUGUGUGCACAGAUGAGAUGUGACGGAUUUGUCAAAAACAGUGGGUGUAACAAGAAUAAUUCGUACCAAAGUAUCGUCUGAAAGUCAUUAGCAUCUAAUUAUGAAAUAAAACAAUCCAAGGAUCUGGAUAAAAUCAUAUACCUGUGAAAUUAUGUUCUAUAAAUUGUUGUUAGUAAAUAACUAGGUUGACGAAUCAUAAUGAAUCUGGACGACGGUGGUGGUCACCUGGGUGGCGAGACCAUCUACGGUACCCACGAGGAUUCUCAUGUCGUCAUGUCAGAAAAAGUACAAUCUUUGGCUGGGAGCAUAUAUCAAGAGUUUGAACGAAUGAUUGCCAGAUACGAUGAGGAUGUUGUGAAAACUUUAAUGCCACUGUUAGUUAACGUACUGGAAUGUUUAGACGCUGCUUAUCAGCAAAAUCAGGAGCAUGAUGUUGAAUUGGAACUGUUAAGAGAAGAUAAUGAACAACUAGUCACCCAGUAUGAAAGGGAAAAAUGUGCAAGGAAAGCUUCUGAACAGAAAUUAUUGGAAUAUGAAGAUGCUGCAGAAGGAGAAAGAAAAGAGCUGACAUCACGUUUGGAAGCGCUCGAGAGCAUAGUGCGCAUGCUCGAGCUGAAGCACAAGAACUCGAUGGAGCAUGCGGGCCGCCUCGAGGAACGUGAGGCCGAACUCAAGAAGGAGUACGGCAAGUUGCACGAACGGUAUACCGAACUCUUCAAGACUCACGUCGAUUACAUGGAACGCACGAAGCUGCUCCAUUCGGGUCAGCAGCUGGCGAACGAGCGGGCCGAGGUGGGACGGCUGAACACGAACAGGAUUAACAUUGGUCGCAGCUCAGGGCCGAUGUCGUUCGGCUUCGCUUCAUUGGAGAACGCGGAAACUGUCGACAGCGUGCCGUCCAGUCCUAUCAGCAGCGCACACUCAUCUCCGAGUUUGCAUAGUGAAAUGGAUAAUUUAAGCAAGGAACCUGUUACAAAAGUUGAAAGGGGGCAAGAGACAGACUCGUUGAAUUUUGAAAAUAAAAGCGUUGUCACAUCACCAAUUAGUCCACAACCUACUCCCUCAAAUAACAAUAACAGUAGGAUUCAUACCAAGAAGGAGCAAAGAAGCGGUAAUACACUUUACCAGGAGCUCAGUUUUCAGGAUGUUGAUGGGGACGAAGAUGCUAGUGAUAUUACAGGUGGUUGGGUCCAUCCCGGUGAAUACGCAUCUUCAGUCAACGAUAACUUUUACGGUAUGGGCAAAGAAGUGGAAAACCUCAUCAUGGAGAACAAUGAAUUACUGGCCACCAAGAACGCCCUGAACGUCGUAAAAGACGAUUUGAUUGUGAAGGUGGACGAACUGACCGGCGAGAUCGACAUGCUCAGGGAGGAGAUCCUAUCGUUGAAUGUCUCGAGGACGAAACUGAGAGAAAAGGUGUCCGAAUUGGAGGAGGAACUGAAGAAGGUAAAGGAGGCUUCGGACGCGAAACAAGACGCGGACGAAGACUCGGAAAUACCGAUGGCGCAGAGAAAAAGGUUUACGCGGAUCGAAAUGGCCCGGGUACUUAUGGAACGCAAUCAAUACAAAGAGCGUUUUAUGGAGCUGCAGGAAGCGGUACGCUGGACUGAAAUAAUGCGAGCUACCAAGAACGAUUCCCUGUUCGAUAAGCCGAACAACAAGGGUAUCUGGAAGUUCUUCAGUAAUCUGUUCACCAGCAACGAUAAGGUGCAACGUUCGCUGGUGGUUCCACAUCUCAAAUACCAGACUGCUACCAACCAACUGAAUCCUGGUGUGAAAGCUCUGCCACGAAUCGGACAUGAUUCGCUCGAAACUGAAAUGGGUAACGAGAAAAUGGCUAUGCGUCGUGCGAUGGAAAGAAGACAACAGUACAGGCAAGUGAAGGCACACGUGCGAAAGGAAGACGGAAGAUUGCAGGCGUACGGUUGGAGUUUGCCUGGAAAAGGACCCGGAAGCAAGAGCACUCAGAGCAGUGGCGGUGUCCCGGUUCCAGUGCCGGUUUAUUGCAGACCUUUGGCUGAAACCACUCCUAACAUGAAGAUCUGGUGCGCCGCCGGCGUCAAUCUUCAAGGAGGAUACACCAAAGACGGAGGACUGAUGGUGGGCGGUAGUGUAUUUUAUACUGAGGAACCGAAAUUACCAGACGAAAAACCGGCCGAAACCGAAGUGGAAAGUCUCGACAAAGAACUAAACACGUGUAAGGAGGGUGCGCUGCUCGAAACGAAGUUGUCAUCGAUGGUGUGGAUUUGCACGACCACUAAGGCGGCCAGUCUCGUCACCAUUAUCGACGCCAACAAUCCGGCCGAGCUGAUUAACAGCUUCGGAGUAUGUUCAAACCACGUCCUCUGCAUAGCAAGCGUUCCCGGUGCCAGUCCCAGUGAUUACGGCGAUACCAUGUCUAUUUGUUACGAAACUCAGGGCGUUGAAGUGGAAGCAGAGUCACCUGAACACCAGUCGUUAACCAUUGAGGAGGUUAAGGACGACAAACAGGCCGCAACUGGCACACCAAAUAAUCGGUUGUUGGAGGAACAGAAAGAAGCGGCUGUGUUAGGUAGAAUUACGUACGUAGAAAAUGACGAGACGGUAGUAAAUAAAAAAGACAAAUACAAACAAGCCCCCGUUGAAACUGAAGGAGAGGCGACGAGUGAGAAUUCGGAAGCAUCACCAGAGCAAGAAAAACCUUCUGAUAAAGAAGGGGCUCAAACUUCAAAUCAGGAGGUCAUGUCCAGUGUAUUGGCGACGAUGUGGAUGGGUGAUGAGCACGGAAAUAUAUAUGUCCAUUCAGCUGUCGCCAACUGGGCACAAUGUCUUCACAAAGUCAAACUUAAAGAUACCGUAAUUAGUAUCGUUCACAUAAAUGGAAGAGUUAUUGUGGCUCUUGCCUGUGGAGCGGUUGCCAUAUUCAGACGGAACAUGGAAGGUGAAUGGGACUUGAGCAAAUAUCAUUUGGUGCAAAUCGGUCUGCCCUACCAGUCGGUGCGUCAGUUGGCCGUGGUCGGCGACAAAGUUUGGUGCGGUUAUCGUAACAAGUUGCACGUUCUCGAGCCGAAGGAACUGAAAAUUGUGCACACUUUAGAGGCACAUCCGAGACGCGACAGUCCUGUCAGACAAAUCGCUUGGUUGGGUGAAGGAGUUUGGGUGUCGAUUCGUUUAGAUUCGACGUUGCGUUUGUACCAUGCCCACACAUACCAACAUCUACAGGACGUGGACAUAGAACCGUACGUUAGUAAGAUGUUAGGUACUGGUAAACUAGGUUUCUCGUUCGUGCGCAUUACAUCGUUGCUGAUCUCGUCGAACCGUUUAUGGAUCGGCACCAGUAACGGCGUGAUCAUCUCAGUGCCACUGAACGAAUCAGGUUGUUACGGCGCUGGCGCCGUCGUAGCUCGCGGCGCCUCCGUCUCCGGAGUACCGGGGGCAGGGAUACGACUCCCUCCGAUGCCAGGCAGCUACGUGCCCUUCUGUUCCAUGGCUCAUGCGCAGCUCAGCUUCCACGGACACAGGGACAAUGUCAAGUUUUUCGUGGCUGUUCCUGGAAACGGAGGUAUGAGUGCAGCUUCGACGCCGUCCGAGGCGAUGUCCGCUUCUGUUUCGUCGGUGGGCGGAGCCUUGAAGCAACCCUCGGCGAUGCUCGUUAUUUCCGGCGGAGAAGGAUACGUUGAUUUCCGAGUCGGUGAUGAAAUGGAAGAGAGCAUCAUCAGUACAAAUGAUCAAGGGUUGCUUGAGUCGUCUCAGGGUGGUACUGUAGCAGAUUUAAGCCAUUUAAUUGUAUGGCAAGUGUCCAACAGUUAAACACACCAAUUUUAAAACAAUUGUUGAGUUGUAUAUGAUCGAUUUGGCGAUUUUCUCCAUAGGAAUUUGGAUUAUUUAUGGGGUAUUUUUUUGCCUCUUUUGUUAUUAAUCGCAAUAAUAAAAUAAAUAAAUGCAUGUACUUUAAAGGAUUAUGUAUAUGGAUAUAGGUCCACCCCAUUUUUCUGUGUUCAAAAUGUAGAUGGAAAAUUGCCGAAUUGUUCCGUUUAUAUAGAUGAAACUUUGACUUACAUAGCUCUUUUAAAAUAGAUUUUUAAUAGUAAUUGAAUUUGUAAAAGAAAACUCACUGAUAAUCGAUUAUACAUAAAUAUUUUAUUAUUUAGAUAUAUGACUAAAAUUGUAUUAAAUUUUUGUUGAAUUAUGUAUAUUAUCGCUUAAUUUAUGUAUUUAUUUGUACAUUUUAGUUAAAGCCCAGAAUAUUUAUAUAAUGUACCCAUCUCUACUGAGCUUUACAUUUUUUGUUUGUAUAGUAAAUAUUUAUAAAACAUAAUUGUUUUAUUAAUUUUAAUCAACAAUAAAUGAUAAUACCAU